AUUCCUACCAGCCAGAACAACCCAGUGCCCUCAGUCUUCAUUCAAACUUCUAUCAGUACAAACCUCCAAUACGCAUCCGUGUACAAAACUAUGUCCCGAUACGACUCGAUGAACAAAACUUGGUCCGGGCCAUCCCAACCCAGCAUUUUCAACCCAGAAGCCAAUAUUGGGCAGGUGGUUUGGAAUCUACUUUCCAGAACCCCCGACAAGAUUAUUCAAAUCAAUGCCGACACCGGUUACGAGAUGGCUUGUUCCGAGAUGAAGCGACGCAUUGUCCGAGUGACCCUUCAUCUGAAGAAAUUGGGCUUUAAAUGUGGAGACUUGGUAACGUUGGCGUGUAACAAUACGGACAACGUGGUGCCCGUUUACUUCGCCUGUUUGAAUCUGGGAAUGGCAGUCAAUCCUUUGGCCCCGGUGUUCAAGCGGGACGAUUUGGCACACAUGAUGCGACUGACACAAUCGAAGCUUGUUUUCUGCGACGAGGUCAAUCGUGUUGAAGUGGAAAAUGCUGUCACGCAAGCUAUUCGAGUUACACCACGGAUCUUUGUCAUGGGUGAUCGAAAUGGAGCAGCUCUAUCGAUCGAAGAUCUUCUAACCCCAGUAGAAGGCGAGGAAAGCUUCGUUCCACCUUAUCUGGGUGAUUCGAAAAAACUUACGGCAACCGUUCUGUGCUCUUCUGGCACAACAGGACUACCGAAGGGAGUAUGUCUGUCCCAUGCUCAUUUAAUCGCUUGUGAACUGUUUUCUGACAAGUUAAACGCUGGCCCGAUUUUCAGUUUCAGCCCACUAUUCUGGAUGACUGGGGUGUUCGCUGCGCAUAAUUCAGUUCUGUACACUCGGACGCGAAUCAUUACGGCGAAACCGUUCAGUGCCGAUACGUUCUACUCCAUUGUCGACAAGUACAAAGCGGAAGACAUUUUCACACCACCUUCGGCCAUCGCCGCUAUUCAAAGCCAUUCCAGUUAUAAAACGGUUCAAUUGAGUAGUGUGAAACUAUGGCUUUUGGGUGGUUCAACAGUAGCUCCUGAACUUGUAACCACUUUGCAGGAGCGAUUCAACGCCAUUGAGAUUAAAGCGGUUUACGGUUGCUCGGAAUGUGGAUGCGUUACAUCUCCGAUGUUACCGAUUGGAUCACUGGCAAGGAACAUCACAGUGAAAAUCACCGACGAGAACGGACGAAAACUGGGGCCUAACGAAAAGGGUGAAAUUUGUUUGAAGUACACAUACCGAUUUCUGGAGUACAUGAACAACAACGAGAUGACGAUUGACGCAUUCGACUGCGAAGGAUUCUACAGAACCGGAGACAUUGGCUGCUUCGACGCCGAUGGUUAUCUCUUCAUCGUUGACCGCAUCAAGGAUAUCAUCAAGUACAUGAACUUCCAGAUAUCACCAUCGGAUCUGGAGGACAUCAUACUAAAGAUUGAAGGAGUCAGUCAGGUGUGUGUUGCUGGAGUUCCAACGGAGGAUCGAUCGUCGGAACUGGUAACCGCGGUGAUCGUUAGGCAGCCCGGUUGUUGUUUAACCAAACAGGAAGUGGUUGAAACGGUGAAUGGACAAGUUAGCGAUUAUAAGAAGCUACGAGGCGGUGUAUAUUUUGUCGAUCAACUGCCGAUGACUCCAGCAGGAAAGGUUUUGCGACGAUCGGUAAAAGAUAUGAUUAUUAAUGGAAAAUGUUAAAAAUAUAAAGAUGCAUAAAAGUUUAAAAAAAUUCAAGUCUGGAAAGCUGCAGCAAGCGACAUUUCCGUUUCUACACCAAAAAGAAUCAUGCAACAACUUGUGUAUGUGUGUUUUUGCUAUUUUCGUAUACUGCCAUUCUACGCAUGCUUGUUCCAAAUUCAAAAAAAGACAAUUGAGAAAAUAGCAUUUGAAAUUGAAUUCUAAUUUUCAUUGCUGACGUCCCACCGAUAGAAUAUUUUAGAAUAUUACGCCACAGUGUCACUUAACAAACUCAAUUUCAUUGAAAUCAUUUUAAUGUUUCAGCCACAAAUAGAAUUUGCAACAUGAAAAUAGUUCAGCAGGACAGUCCGCACUGCCGGUGCUCUACAUACCCGAAGCACUUCCUUCUUUUCUUCUUUCUUCGGCAGGUUGGUGUUUCGGUGCUGGAUUUCCCUCCAAAUCGACGCUUACAUAUUUGCUGAUCCCUUCUUCAUUAACGCUGCGUGACGACUCUGCUUACCGCAUUCCACGUACCUUCAUCGCGACACAUUCGCUUUGCUAUAUUGUCCGCCCUUAUGGCAGACAUUCUUCUACGUGCAAACCAACCUCGGGCAGACGAAUAUCACCUGCUCUGAAUCUCUUCUGGCGAUGACGCAUUACCACACCGGUGGAAAUAUUGGCAGAAACAACCGUGUCCAGACAGGAACUGUGUAAGGUAAAAGUUCACCUCACCAUGCUCACCCACGUCGACACAUUGGGGAUGAGCCGAUGGGUCCACCUUUUAUUAUCCGCAUUGUCCCACCCCUGCUGCCAUUUCACCAUAGUGUCCAGUAUCACCGCCUUCCUCACAUUUCUAGUAUAUCUCUCCGUUGGUAGUACUCGAUAUCCUCCACUAGGGUUAUGCAGAUUGGAAUCAUCCCUGCGAUAACGCGAUCGCAACCCGGAUGGCCAUUAGACGAAACACGCAAUUCAGCUUCCUACGGUUACGUUUCGUCUUGAGCGCUGCUCCCCAGGCUGGAACUCCGUACUUUUGUAUCGAAGAUGAUGCUGUUG